UUCAAACACUAGUUACAACGUGAACGUUACACUCGCCAGUUUCAAUUGUAUCUUUUUGGUUAAUAUUAUUAUUAAUUUUUUUUUUUAAUUUUUCAUGUUUCGCGCCUAAAUCUUUUUUUCAAACGAUUAAUCAGAGAUAGCCUUCAACUGUCAUGUUAUUGGCCACCGAAUGUUCUCCAUCGAAUGACCGAGCUUGCUUGUCCGGCUUAAUUUAAUGGGAGUGGGACUUGGUAAUAUUUGAUUUUGCCCAAGUAUAAAGUGCACAUAAUAAUAUCAUUGUCGGCAUGGCCGAUAACGUGGAAAACAAUCAUGUGUCCGAGAAGAAAUCAAAGUGGCAGACGCUGGGGCCGUGCGGCAAGGCGAAGUUAGUGUUGAGGAGUAUUCACGUGGAGCCUUUGGUGAUCUGUUUCAUAAUAUCCCGCGUUCUGCUCAUUCUGGCCACGCAGAAUCUGAGUUUGCAAAAAGCGUGCAAAGUCAACUUGAAACUUAGCAACGAGAGUUGUUUGGCAAUUGAAAACCCGACGGGUCAUAAUGCCACCAAAGCCGAUGAAGUAAAGACCCAACAGCUGGUGGCUGAAAUGUUUAUAUGGCAGCUGAUCAUCCAGAGCAGCGUGCCGUGUAUUUUUGCUAUAUUCGUGGGCUCGUGGAGCGACAGGAAUCGAAAACGUGUACCCUGCAUGCUGAUGCCCAUAUGCGGCGAACUGGUCCGAAACAUAGGGUUACUAUUGUGCGUUUACUAUUUCUUUCAAUUGCCAAUGGAAAUUGUCGGUUUGGUGGAAGCGAUUCCCACCUCUAUCACCGGAGGCAAAAUGGUCAUGUUCAACGCGCUUUACAGUUACAUCGGUGACGUCACUAAGGCAGAAUUGAAAACCUUCCGGAUUGGGUUGGUCACCUUAUUAACCACUGUUGGCUUGGCAAUCGGAACGUCGUUGUCAGGUAUAACGUUCAGGGACUUAGGUUUCUACGGCGUGUAUGGCAUAUCUUCCGCGCUUUAUAUCAUAGCCCUCGUCUACGGCUUAUUGUUCCUCAAAGAAGUGUCAGCCAAGGUUCCUGAAGGCACAGAACCACCUAAAAAAACUGGUAUCGCCCUAGUCAAAGAUUUCUUCGAUGCCAAACACAUUGAAACGGCGUUCCAAAUCACGUUUAAAGAUGGACCUCACAACCGAAAGUUAAGGAUCAUCAUGCUCAUGGUUAUCGUGUUCUUGGUCAUGGGACCCAUAAACGGUGAUGUCACGGUGCAAUAUUUGAAUACUCGAGUACGCUUUAAUUGGAACGAAGUAACUUUCAGUAUGUUUUUAACGUACUCGACAGUGACCAGCGUUAUAGGAACGAUUCUCUGUAUAGCCUUGUUCAGUCACAUACUAAAAAUAGACGACGGAUUAAUCGGGUUUGUGGCUUGUUUAGGAAAACUCGUUUCCGGAGUCAUUUAUGCUUUUGCGCCCAGCGAAUGGGUCUAUUGCAUUGGACCACUUAUUGAUAUUAUGGGAGGUGCAGUUUUCAUAACAACCAGAUCAAUAAUGACAAAAUUGGUAAAGCCGGACGAACUAGGCCAAGUCACCUCUAUUUACGGAAUUGUCGAAACUUUAGUUCCAAUUAUAUAUGGACCCUUGUAUAGUGCAGUUUACAAAGCCACAGUAAACACUUUACCUGGUACAUACAGCUUGAUAGGAUCGACCUUAGCAAUACCGGGUUCUUUAAUAUUUUUAUGGAUGUACAGACAAAGCAAAAAAGCUGAAAAAUCGGAUUAUGCAGCUGUUAAAACCGAAGAGGAUAAAGCCGAAGAAAUGCAAAGUUUAUGAUUUUGGAGUCAAAGAACUACAAUAUCGACUAGUCAUAUUCAUCUUUCCUGAGUAUAUUAAAGCGCGCAAAGUACAACUAUACCGUUUGUUAUAAUAGUUGUUGUACAGAAAAUUACCUCGGCGUACUUAUGUCAUAAUGCGAUUUCGUAUUAUUUAUGUACAUAUGACAAGACAGAACAAAAUUAAGCACUUAACUGCUUAAACUAAUUUUAUUAACUAUAAUUUUGAUAAAAAUAAUACUGAUAUUUGUAAAUAAUUUAAUGUUAAAAUUUGUAUAAAGUAUAUUUGUGUUUCAAAAAUAGUAA